AUGAAAGGAAGCCGGGUUCCAGCUAGUCGUCUGGAGCUGAAGCCAGAGUCUGGUCAUGCUGGGAGGGUUUCAGGCCGACAUGGCUCAGCUCCGGUAGCUCCAUUGUCUAGUGGUUCGGGGAAUCUCUACUCUAGUCGAGUUUCUGAGGCUGCUGCUGCUGGCAUGAGUUCUCACAGUUCUGGGGGGAGUCAUAGGCCUGCUGCUUCUGGUUAUCCUAAUGCAUGGGCAGCUAGGAAGGGGUGGCAAUGGCAGUCAAAGCAAUCUGUUCUAUAUCAGAAAGAUGUUGAUGUUAGUAAACACUCGGAAACAGAAAAUGGCUUGCAUCCCCAGGGUAAUGAUGAUAAGAUAUACGGCAGAAUGAAUGCUGUGAGGAACUCAAUCAACUCGUGCAGAUGGCAAAUUGGCAAUUCCAAGUUGCAGUCAUCGUUUUCAGUGCCGUCUGAAGCAUCCGAGCGGCCCAAGUUGAAGUUACUUCCUCGCACCAAGCCAUUGGAUAAUCUAGAAUCACCUUUUAUUGACGCUAGUCAGAGGCAGCAGCGACCAAGUGAAUCUGUUAUUGAUCAUGCCGGAAUUGGCAAUGAUUCAUAUGGAUAUGUGAAUACUUCAAAACCUGGUUCAGCUGGCAGUGAGAAUGGGAACCAGACAGUGGAUCGUCCUAAACUGAAUUUAAAGCCUCGUUCACAGCCCAAUGAACAAUUGGAGGGUAACUUUGAGAAGGAAAGAAAUGCAUUGUUUGGUGGCGCUCGCCCACGAGAAUUGGUUCUGAAGGAGAAGGGAAUUGAUGACAGCAGCCAUGAGCCAGGCCAACAUCCUGAUAGGGUCAAACAUAAUUUUCCCAGAAGUGAAAAAGUUGCUGAGCAACCAGCUGCAUGCCAUGGUGAAGGAGUUGGGAAUCCUCCUGUUCAGAAAACUGGAAGAAAAUCCGAGAGGAACCACAGUGUUCACAAUGGAAGAGUUGAUAUGCAGAGGAGGAACUGGCUUAAUGAAAAUCGGCAGAAUGAAAGGGAAACUGAAAGACAGCAGCAGCAGCAGCAGAAGAGGCAGCCGUCGCCUGAAACCUGGCGUAAGCCUGCCGAGCAGCCUAAACCUGUCUCUCCCGAAGGUGCUGGUAUGCGCUAUGGAAAAGCAGCAUCAGCAUUGGAGCUUGCUCAAGCGUUCUCCAAUCAGAAAAAAGAGGAUCGACAUGGCGGGCAAAGGGUUCUUCCUGGCCAUGCCCAAAUGCCCUUUUCUCGGCUGAUGGAUCCAACUCCAAGGCCUCAAAUAAAUGGUUAUUAAAUUUUGAGAGGCUUAUUGCCUUAACCGGAACACGUUGUGUUGCCGGUGACUGCCUAAAUGAUUUUAGGAUGUCGGUUAUUGUAGUUGUGCUGUAUGACUCUCAUGAUUUCAUGCAGUUGAUCUGUUUUUGUUUUUUCAAUUUUAAAACAAAAUUUUAGAACAAUUGGCACAUCAACUCAUUUGCAAUGUCAUCCUCCCUUGUCUUUUUCAAGU